AUGCAUGUUGGUGGUUUUGGAGCAAUUAAUAUCCGAGCAAGAGCUGUGAUUUUUGUCCCAUAUCUCAAACCAGUUGAGGAGUUCACUUUACUCAUCAGUGACUGGUGGAAAUCAGAUCAGAGGACACUACAACAAACACUCGACUCUGGGAACACUCUUCCCAUGGCUGAUGCUCUACUAAUCAAUGGUCAUGUUCAAUCAACCUCUUUCACUACUCAAAAUGGUCAAAGGUACAUGUUUAGAGUAUCAAAUGUGGCCUUAACCACUUCAAUUAACUUCAGAAUCCAAAACCAUACACUGACACUAGUCGAAACUGAAGGAUCACAUACUUUACAAGAAUCAUACGAAUCACUAGACAUUCAUGUUGGUCAAUCCUCUUCUUUCUUGGUCAACCUUAAUGCUCCUGUAGAAGACUACUUCAUUGUUGCUUCAACUCGUUUCACCAAACCAGUUCUUACAGCUAUAGCAACCCUCCACUAUGAUGGCUCCACCACCAAAGCUUCUUUACCACUACCAUGGGGUCCCACCUAUGAGAUUCAUUGGUCAAUGAAACAAGCAAAGUAUGUGAUCCAAAGAAUUCAGUGUAGCCUUGAGAUCCCUAAUCGUUAG